UGGGAGGAUCAGCAGUUUUUUUAAAGUUUCAUGAGGAAAACUGCAGUGAAACACGUCUUUCACGCACAUCUUUACGCACCGGGACAGCUGGACACUUACAUACCACGGACUGGAGUGUCUCUGUAGGAUUCGGAUCGGAGCAAAGCACCAUGUCAGAACCGUUUGACUGUGAGGGCUGUAAAGAGUCCCUGUACGGCAGGAAAUACAUCCAGAUAGAUGAUGUACCACAUUGUGUUCCCUGUUACGACCGUUUGUAUGCCAACACCUGUCAGGAGUGCAAAGAGCUCAUUGGACACAACUCAAGGGAGCUGUAUUAUGAGGACAGACACUACCAUGAAAGCUGUUUCCGCUGCUCGCGCUGUGGACGUUCACUGGCCGACGAGCCGUUCACCAAUCAGGAAGGCGCUCUGGUGUGUAAUGACUGUUACUGCAACGAGUUUUCUUCUAAAUGUGUGGCCUGCGACAAGACUGUGAUGCCAGGCUCUAAGCGGUUAGAGUACGGGGGAAGCACCUGGCACGAGGAAUGCUUUGUUUGUUGUGGUUGCGAGGAGCCCAUCGGCGCCCAGUCGUUCAUCCCAGAUAAGGGUGACUACUACUGUGUGCCCUGUUACGAGGGACGAUUUGCACCACGCUGUGCUCACUGCAAACAGACGUUGAUUCAGGGUGGCAUUACGUACAGAGAAGAGCCCUGGCAUAAAGAGUGCUUCCUGUGUACUGGUUGCAAAGUCCAGCUCGCCGGGCAGGCCUUCACCACUCAAGGGGAAGACCCGUACUGCGUCAAAUGCUUUAGCAACCUGUAUGCCCAAAUAUGCAUCGCCUGCAACAAACCCAUCACAGGUUUUGGAGAAGGGAAGUACAUCUCGUUUGAGGAUCGUCAGUGGCAUCAGCCGUGUUUUAAGUGUUCGGAGUGUUCAGUGUCUCUGGUCGGGGCUGGAUUCUUCCCUGACGGAAAAAAGAUUUUCUGCAAAAGCUGCAAUGCCAAAUAAUCUGCAACGCUUUUCUUAUAGAUGUGCUAUAGCUGUUUGUGAACAGACACUUUGUGUAAUGCAAAUACAUAGUUUAUACAUGAAGUUGUUUCAAUGUUACAUUUUUCCAAAUCUGUAUGUUAAAAUCUCUUUAAAACAUGACAUGUUAGAUAUCAUGAUGACUUCAAAAGCAUACUUUUUGUUUUUUACUUUGCAUAUGUUUUUUACUUUGCAUAUGCCAAUGGCUCAUCUUCAUGAAAUGCAUGAAAUACGUCCUCUUUUGCAUAGUUUUGCUUUUAGAUUGGAGCAAUUUCCAUGCACACCAUCUUUGCAUAGUCUUUGAGCCUCUGAACAAUAGACACACUGACCUAAAUGACUGUUAAUAUGUCAACUCAUGCGUUCACUGAGAGCAGAAAAUACUAUAGUCUGUAUUUCACACUGUAUUUGUAUUUUUUUGUAAGUGCACCAUUUAAAUGCACAAAUGCAUGCAUUUAUUAUCUCCCAUUUUUAAUAUAUAAAAAAUAUAUUAACAAUUCAAACGAAUGUUUAUACAAAUAUUUCAGAUGUUUAAUGUCAUUUUUGCAUCGCAUUUGCAUUGCAUUGUAACGAAUAUAUACAAUGGCCUCUUUAUUGAGUCUUUGACAACAAAACUUUAUUCUAAUUGUAGCCAAAUUAUGUCAUUCUUUGUAUAAAUGUUAUGUACUAAAUAGCUAAAUAACUUCUUUUGCAUUUUAGCUUAGAUAAAAAAUAUAUUCAAAUGUGUAAAUUCAAUUUAGAGCUUGUAUGUCCCAUUUCAAACAAGCUGUUAAAUAUAAUGAAAACUGAAUUAAUUUGGAUAUUCGAUAUUCAUUUGACAUGGUCGAGCUAUGGAAACUUUGGGUGGGUGUUUGUGUUUGUGUGUGUUUGUGGGUGCAAGACUUUCCUUCUAAUCAUUGAAGGCUUUUGUAUAAGAUGGAAAAUCUUGUGUAAAGCAACUUGUGUAUUUUCACCUCGUUGUUUGCCCCUUUUACCAGAUGCUAAAUUUCAGACUGAUUUUUACCUAAAUAAGGACUUCCAACACUAAAAGAUACUCUUGGAGCACGUCACUUCCAAAAUUGAUUGAAUGCCAGAAUUGCACAAAAGUCUCCACUUUUAUGCUCCAGAAGGUUUCUUACGCCAGGAAGUUAAAGCACAGAUUGCAGGAAAUAAA